GUUCCGCAGAUGUGGCUACCACAGCGCCAACACUAACUGGCGCACAUACUCGUCUACAGAUAUGUACGUAUGUAUGUAUGUCUGCGAGCGUCUCCAAAACCAAGAACUUACCUGUGCGCACUUUGACUAUCUGUCUUGUUGGCUGACAAAGCGGCCGUCUGUCGGACCUAGUGUCUCACGGUUCACACCAGAGCCACCACCACCACAACAACCACCGUCUACGUGUAGCGCUUGUACUGCCGCAGAGCAGAGGAGCUCAAACUCAGGUAAUAAAUAAGCAAGCGCAGCCGGUUUUUUGGUGAGCGUGAGAAAAAACGUAAAGGAGCUGGCUUGGCGGUUCGUGUGCGAGUCGUGUGUGCACGUCGCUGUCUGGCUUGCUGACUUCGUGCGCCAAGAAAGUCGUCGUCUUCGUAGCCAUCCUCGUGUGUUGGCAGCAUAUUCGUAAGCACCGUACUGCUCGUCCGCCAACGAGCGCAAGGAUCAUGCUGAGUGCGCGCUGUCCUGACGAUCAGUAUCCUGUUGUAGUUGAACGCGCGUGGUCGUGUGUUGUGCGCGCCGCAUAAAAAAAAAAACUGCUAAAGCAUGCAAGUUAUGAUUACUUCGAAAUGAAAUAUAGCAUAAAAUUACCAAAUUAUUUAGUACACUGUUCGUGAAGAGGUGUUGCAUUAGUAUGUGGAUGCACAACUGAUUGAAAAAUGCAAGGCAAUGCAAAUUUUGUGCAAUAAAAAACUGAAACAAAUAGCGCGGCGCUUAAGUCGCUUGUGUAGACGGAAGACCAAAGUUUCUAAUUUAAGUGUUGUGUUUGAAAAAAAUAUUGUUAUUGUUUUCCACACGCCGUGUAUGUGUAUGAGUGAAUGUGCUAAGAGGUUCUAUUAAAAAAAAAAAUUUAUUGCUGCUGAAACGUAUUUGGACAACGAAACCGUUAAAUUAACUUGAAACUUGUAAUAUUGAUGCUUCAAUAAUGGAUUACAAAAACGAUUUUCACUCGGAUGAUGAUUUCGAUUGUUCCAACGGCUAUAACGACUGCUAUAACGGUACAAAUGGCAGCGGACAGGCACAAAUGUCAAAUUCGCAUGGCCUCUCGAAGGCCGAACUGAGAAAGACUAAUAAACCAAUUAUGGAGAAGCGACGGCGUGCGCGUAUAAAUCACUGCCUCAACGAGCUCAAAUCACUCAUAUUGGAAGCAAUGAAGAAGGACAAUCAAUUACAAAGCAAAAACAUGACAAGAUCAAGUGCCUCGCACACUAAUGCUGGCCAACACAACUCGCUGCCACUCGAGUGUCCUGUGGUGCGCCACCCCGCUCGCCAUACCAAACUGGAGAAGGCCGACAUACUGGAAAUGACCGUCAAGCAUUUGCAAUCAGUGCAGCGUCAACAACUCAACAUGGCCAUCCAAACAGAUCCCACCGUGGUUCACAAGUUCAAGACUGGCUUCAUUGAGUGCGCCGAGGAGGUCAAUCGCUACAUCAAUCAGCUGGAUGGCGUUGAUGCAGUGGUGCGACAGCGACUCAUCAACCAUUUGAACAGUUGCGCCAGCAAUCUCGAGCAAUUGGGUUCUAUGACAAACUUCAAUAAUGGCUACCGCGGCCAGUUAGCCAUGGGCAUGUCGGCGCCAGGCGGUUUGUUCGGCGCUGCGUUGCCUGCCAAUCCGCUUUCGAUGGCCAGCGCCACUGCACCCAGUGCGCUUUUUCCGCCGUUGCCACAGGAUUUGAACAACAAUAGCAACAAUGGUGGCGCCUUUGUCAAUAGUCUCAAUGCUGCAGCGGCGCCCUUGCCGCCAGUGCAAAUGGGCGGCGUACAAUUGAUACCGUCGCGCUUGCCAUCCGGCGAAUUCGCGCUAAUUAUGCCUAGCACGCAUGCAAAUUUGCUGAAUACCAGUAACCACAACAACAGCAACCCACCAUUUCCCAGCUUCCCGCAUGGCAGAAAUCCGGCUGCAGUAAUAUCGCCCGUUGCUACCGCAACAGCGACCACAGCUACGGCGCCUGUGCUCAGCCUGCCUCCCGCAUCUGUGCCCAUCAAUGACUUCGCCGCCAACUACAAGCGAUUGAGCGCUUUCGGCCGACUACCCACAGCGCCGGCGCAGUUGCCAUUGAAUCAGCCGGUACAUAGUGGUGCUCCCAACAGCAGCAACUGCCACCCGAGUAGCAACGGCGCGUUGGUAACUGCAGCCGCUCCGCAAAGCCAACAGCAACAACUGCCGGCACGUACUGCGCCUACUCACCAUCAGCUGCAUCACAACAGCUCCACGGCCACAAAUAGUCCGCCGCUGAGUCCCAUCUCGUCCGCCUCCCCUUCCAGCCAAGGCGAUGAUUCGCUGAUGCACACCAGUUCCGACUUCACCGGUUCACGUCCGGCCACACCACCGCUUGAUGUCACCGGCGACUUUGACCAGCAGCAGCACAACUUCUCCGGUGUCUUUUCCACGCCAUCCAGUGCCGAGUCGUCGCUCACCACCAGCUCAACGUCUACGCUUGCUUCAUCGGCCCGCCUGUCAUUGCACCUGCAGCAGCAGCAAGUGUCUUCGACCAG